AUGGUUGCCAUUCCAGAUGACAUUUUUGCACCUCGAUUUGCUAUUCUGCACGACCUGUUCAGCGACAAGGUCUCUGCACAGAAAGCCGCUGAAUAUUUGGCUUCAAUCUCAUUGGCAGACUCGGACCCAGAGAGAAGAAUUAGUAGCCUAUGGAGCUUGAUAUUCACGUGUGCAUACGAAUUUCCCGAGCAACAUGAUAAACUCAUCAAUAUGCUAGUCCAAUUGUCAAAACUCCCGGACGCGAAAGCAUCAAACGGAGACCCCAUUGUGCUCUACGAUAUGCAGGUCUGGAAAGACUUACCUAUGCUUGGCUGGCAAGUCCGCGACGAAUGGAAUGCAAGCGUACCCACUGGACCUUCUGAGUCUCGUCAAAACGAAAUCGCGCGAAUUAUAAACCGGGACAAAUUCACCGCACGUUUGAUGACAACGCAAGAACCUGUCUUUGCAUACUCCUGGUUUGCAUUGAUUACUCUGCGCGAGGCGCUGGAAACACCAGCAAACCAAUCCUCUGCGGGGAACCUAGAAGCAUUGAUUCCUGCUGCUGCUGCGUGGAUCAGUAUUCUCGGGGCAGAUAUCUAUCAGUGGAAUGAAAAGUUUGAUGGCGCUCUUGGGAAAGGAGGCCCGCUCUGGAAAGGUCAACAUGGGUUUUCCAAGGAGAGGUGGCAGCUUUGGAAGGAAAGGUUUGGGGAGUUAGUUACAAUAGAAGCUGAGAUUGGAGACGAAGUGAGAACGGCGGCAAAGGACGCAAAGCGGAUGAUGGAGGAGAUUGAGAAGUGA